AUGACAUCGCCAUUGAAGCGCUCAAACACCAUACCCAAUCUCCGAUCAAAAGAGAAUCAAAUAGUGGACGAGGAUGAUGGGGAAGACGAGGACGAAGAAACACUACAGCUUCAGCUAGCGGAGAUCAAAGCACGCUUAAAGUUGAAGAAGCUUCAGCAAAAGAAUCGCGGAACGCCUAGUUCGAAUCUCGACGACGAAGGUGUGCGACCAAAUUCCGAAAUCAGCGCUCUGCGAACCGAAGACCGUGGUGCGACACCAAGAAUCCCUAAGGGAGGGAGGCAAAGAACGAGCAGCGAUGGAAUCCAGGUUCCAGCAUCACCUACUAGACGAGAAGUCCCCGCUGAGUCAGUAUCACCUCGCAGGUAUGUCAUGGGCAUUGACAAGGGCUGGAAGGCCAAUGAUGUAUCCUUGAAACGACCUCCAAUCUCAAGACCCGGCCCUCGACCAAGUAGUCAGAUGGGAUUUCGAGACGGCGUUACCGGCCGUUCGAAUGACAUAUUCAGCUCGCGGCCCCAGACUUCUCCUUCGUCAACGGGUGGGAUCAACCGAAUAAAAAGCUUCAGUGAGAGAAUGGCUGAAGGCAGAGCGGCUGAGAAAUCUCGGCUGGAGAGAGCAGAAAGGGUUCAGGCUAACCGCAGUUCGGCUUUUGAAGUCGACAAGGCGGAGUUGGAGGCCUUCAAAGCCGCAGCUUCGGAUAUGAAUCAUUCCCCUCUACCAUCGUUAUCACGAGAGCGACCUAUGGAAAGCUUCAGCCGUGAAGACAUUCUUCGGUCUAUGGGAUCUGGUUUACAACGCAGUGAUGCAACUCCGAACUUUGGACGAACUGAGGGCAGUGGGAACAACGAGAGACAAUCUCAUCUACAUAGGCGAACUCAAACGGCAGAAGAUGAACCAGUUUCGUCCCAAAAACUUGGCCAAACAGAUGAUGCUUUGGUAAAGGCCCCGGAUUCUUCAAAAUUCGAGUCGUACUCAUCGCUACAUCUGUCAAGCCGAGUUCUCCCGCAUUCUUUCUUGAGCCGCACACUCGCAGAAAAAAGAGUUCUGCGCAUUCCUGAUCUACUCAAGACCGUCAAGGCACCUGCAUUCGAGCUUCCAGAGGACAUUGAUGGGGACUUUGUGGUAUUUGGCAUCGUUGCGUCUAAGUCAGACCCUCGGGAUAAGAAAGCUUCGGGGAGCGCGUCGGCUUUAGAAAAGGACCCUUAUGAUGAUGGGCUUAACAACACGAACAGAUAUAUGGCCAUUACCCUGACCGAUCUGAAAUGGACUAUUGACCUCUUCCUUUUUGACACCGCUUUCCCCCGUUAUUACAAAAUCUCGGAAGGGACUCUUGUCGCAAUUCUGAAUCCCACAAUCAUGCCUCCACCAAAGCACAAACUGGACACGAACAGAUUUAGCUUGUCCUUGUCUUCAUCAGAUGAUAAGGUUCUCGAAAUUGGUAAGGCACGAGAUAUCGGAUUUUGUAAGGCUGUGAGAAAAGACGGAAAGACCUGUCAAUCCUGGAUAGAUGGUCGAAAGACCGAGUUCUGUGACUUCCAUGUUGAUAUCCAGAUCCGACGCACUCAGGGCCAACGCUCGGGAGUUAAUGCUGACACCGGUGUGCUUGGUCCUGGUGGUAAAUCCGGCUCGCGCACCGGAUUGUUUGGGGAAGGGAUGAAGCGGGGAAAUGCCUUCAAGCAAGGCAUGAAACACGAUGGUCCUCAGUAUGAUAUGGGAUCUCAAUCACUUUAUUACGUGGCACCUUCCAGAAACCGCGGUUCUGGUCGUUCACCUUACAACCCCAGGGGAGGCCCAGCGGCAAAUCUGAUUGAUGCGCAUGACGAUCCUUUCAUCGCCUCGGGUAUGAUGGGCCGCGGCAUGGACAGCAAGGAGGAACGAAUGCGCAGGCGACUCGCGACCCAACAGCGAGAGCGUGACAUCACUCAAAAGCUCGUUUCCGGCCGUGUCGGUGGCGUGGGUGCCGAAUAUCUUCGCACCAGGACCAGUAAUGAGAGCCCAAACAAAGAGAGAGCACUAGGCACCCCCUUACCCAAGAGCCCCACUAAAACCAACGGCAUGGACCUGACCACCUUCGGCAAAGCCAAGAACGUCCGUUUGAGCCCAAUGAAGCGUGCCAAUGACAAGCCCCACGGCAGCGGGGUCAAGAAGACGCGGUUCAUCACUUCAAGAGGUAUCCGGGAGGCUGGCCGGGAGAGCCUAGGUGCGCCAGCUGAGACCACGCCCAGUGGGAAACAUAUUCUCUUUUAUGAUGAUGAUGAUGAUGACGACGACGACCUGGAGUUCAUUUGA